AUAUUUGAAUUUUAGUCUGCGUUCUUUCGAGAAGACUUACGUCGCAAAUUAAGAAGGAUAUUAAUCUUGACAUUUACAUCAAAGGCCGUAAAAAUAUAUCCAUUUCAUUGAUGGUCAAGGCUAUUUAGAACGGAAAACAUUCGAUUGAAAACCAACAAGCAGAUUGUGGUUUUUCUUGAGGGAAAUUACACAUUUGGAAGGUUUUUGGCUCUACAGCGUGACGUUCUCAGUGGUCUGGCUGUAGAGCUCAUAAAAUUAUAAACCACACUGUCUCAGUUUGAUGUGAUGUUGAGUUGGUGGUAAAGGCGUCUAACAAUGAAAUGGAACGAAACAACUUCAGCAGGAGACCCAGAGAAUGUAUCCUCAGAAUACAUUGGGUUCGCUGUGGCAUUUUCCUUCAUGAUUAUAACAGACCUUCUUGGCAAUACUCUGGUCAUCUUAGUUAUCCUCAAGAACAAAAGCAUGAAGACAGCUAUGAACUACCUUUUGAUCAAUUUGGCGAUCGCUGAUAUCUUGGUAGCCAUCUUUAUGGGGAUCAAGUUUGUGAUUGGCCCAACGUUUACCCAUCCAGCGGGACAAAUAGGGGAAUAUCUUUGUAGAUUCAUUUCUGGGGGAACCACUGCAUGGACUGCAGCAGUUGCGUCAAUUUACAGCCUGGUUGCUAUCGCUGUUGAAGUUUUCUAUGCCACUUUUCAACCCUUUAAGAGACGGGUGGGUAAGGGGAGAAGCCUUCGAGCGACUGUUGUGGUCAUUUGGAUUAUAGCAGUGUUAUGGGGCCUUCCCCUAUACCUUUCAGUCACAUACAACGAUGAAAUGAAGACGUGUGCAGAACAAUGGCCUCAUUCUAUACUACCAAAGAUUUAUAGCUUUGGAUGGAUCAUUGUGGGAGGUGUAAUUCCUAUUGUUGUCAUGAGCGUUAUUUACUUCAAGGUGGCACGUCACCUUUGGUUCAAUAGCACUGUCGGUAAAAACCUCUCUCAAAUGGCUUUCAUCCGAUCCAGGAAACGAAUUACCACCAUGGUCUUACUAGUGAGUGCUAUAUACGUCGUGUGCUGGGUACCCACGUUAAUAAUCUACUUUUUAGCCAAUGUUAUUCCAUCAGAGUCUAUGUAUUCUGUUCCGCACAAGACAACUAUAGUACUCGCGACCAUCAACUCUUCUAUCAACCCUGUGGUGUACAGUCUCCGAAGUCAGCAGUUUCGUCAAAAUCUAUACAAGUUGGUUAGGUGCCGUUGGAUGACAAUUACAACUAAGAUUGCGCCUUUCCUAUGACAAUGUCCGCUGUGAUUAGCUUGGAUUUAUCCAUACGUUAACUGAUAGUGUAUUUUUUGUGAUGGUGUUUUUUGUUUAUGUUUGCUGUAUUGGCGUCUAUUGUUUAUUCAUGACCAAUGAUAACCAAUCGUUGCCGAAAAGUAAAUUGCAGUCUUUUUCUUGCAUUUACCAGGAGUGUUUGUUUACUCAAAUGACUUAAAACUUUGGCCCAUGUAUCUUUAUUCCUUUCUGCCCAUACCUCAUCGCUUUUGGAAAAUUCUGCAUCAUUAUUACUUCUGCCAUUGCGUGACUUAAGAAAAUACAUUAAAGUGAAUUUUCAUCAGAGAUUAAUCAUUGGAGACGGCUUAGCCUAAGGCAUUUUUUGAAGUAAAAUUUCCAUUUACACUGUU